CAUGAGAUUGAUAACACCUUUAACACCGUUACUGAUAAAGUCAAGACUGAUGUUAAGCACACUGAGACCGAGAAGGUUACUGUCAAGGCAAAUGACCUUAUAACCGUUGACACUGUCGAAGUUGAUAGCACCACAAAGAAGGCUACUGAAACCGUGGAAAGCUGGUACAGCAACCUUAAGACCAAACUUUCUUCACUUGUGGAAGUUAAUACUCCAGAAGCCAAGGCUGAAGCAGCAGUUAUAAUUGAAGAGGCAGAAGUUGACUUGAAGAAGAAGUUGGAUGAUAUUAAAGAGACUUCGAAGACCACUACCAAGACCGAAUCUACCGAACACAUUGAUUCUUACUUUGGCCAGCUUACAAACAGUGUUAAGAAACAGCUGACAUCUGUCAAGACAGCCGUAUCAGAGAAUGCUUUCGAGGAUAAGGUUACUUUUGAGAAUUCUUGGAACAAGGGCGAGACCAAGUUGCAGGAAGAAAUUGCUAGCCAUACUGAAGUUGUUAAGACUGAAGCUAAGAAAAAGACUAUUUCCGAGACCCUGGGUAAUGUUGUACUUGGCUCUGCCGCAGUGGCGGCAGGUCUUAUUGGCGUAAUCGGAAUUACCAAGAAGCAUGAUUCCAACAAAAUUGUGAAGACACAAGAAGAAGCUGUUAUUAUUGAGACUACCGAGACUGUUAUUGAAAACACAAGAACCGAGAUCAACAGAUGGUUCUCUACGUUGACUACACAAGUUAUCACCACAUCUGAAGCCAAGAAAACCGAAGAAGUCAGCGUAGUUGUUAAAUCCUAUCAAAAGGAACUGACAGUUAUUGUCGAGCGUGCCAGAGUUGAAGGUGUAAAGCACUGCACCACUAAGAAGGAACGCAAGGAAUACCUAGAACAAUUGGUUGUUAUCGAGCGACUUGCUGCUACCCAGACUACUGAAGUUGAACAAGUUGCAAUCCGCGCAAUAGAGACUGACGCUGAUGUUAAAAGUCAGAUAGAGACAUUAGUUUUAUCUACAACCGAGAAAGUCAAUGAUCAUUUUGACAAGCUCAAGUCUAGCAUUACCUUUUCAUCUGUUGUUCACGCCGAAGAAGUCGUAGAGAAGACCAAGAAAGCUGCAUCCGCUGUCGAAGCCAAGCGUGUCGCUACUGCUGGCUGGUUCUCUAAGCUCACUGAGACCAUCAACUCUCGUAUCCAGGAGGGAGGUGACAAUGUCAAGGAGGAUAUUGCCAAGAUCACCGAGAAGGCUGAAGAGGAGAUCAGCACCGUAUUGAAGGAGGAAGACGAGGAGGACGACGAGACCAUCAAGGGAUCCGUUGGAACUGCUCUUGUUUCUAUCAAGGAUUCAAUUGCUGCCCAGUUGACCCAAGUCAAGAACGUAAUUACCGAGACCACUGACACUUCUGCUCUCCAAGAGAAGUUCACCAAGGUUUCCGAGAAGACCAAGCAGGAGAUUGAUACCACCUUUACUACUGUCACCGACAAGGUUCAGAAUGAUGUCAAGCGAACCGAGAAGGAGAAGUUCACUGUCCAGGCUGUCGAGACCUCAGUUGCCGACACUACCAAGGAAGCUACCGAAACUGUCCAGGGAUGGUAUAGCAACCUCACUACCAAGCUGUCCACUCUUGUUGGCAACGACUCUGAAGAAGCCAAGGCCGAGGCCCAAGUUAUUAUCGCUGAAGCUGAGACUGAAUUGAAGGAGAAGAUCGAUGUCCUUAAGAAGACUUCCAAGACUGAGUCGAAGACAGAGACCAACGAGCAUUUGGAUUCUUACUUCAGCAAGAUCACCGACACUGUCAAGAACCAAUUGACUGCUGUCAAGACUGCUGUUUCUGAGAAUGCCUUCCAGGACAAGACCACUUUCGAAGAGUCUAUCAAGAAGACUGAGACCAAGUUGCAAGAAGACAUCACUACUGAGUCCGAAGUUGUCAAGACCGAGGCCAAGACCAGUAUUGGUCAGACCCUUAGCCGCGCUGUUCUCGGCUCUGCAGCUGCAGUUGCAGGCGCUGUUGGAUUGUCCAAAUUGACCAAGAACUCUAAAGAUACCAAGGUUGUGAAGACCGAUGAUGUCCGCGUUACUUACGAGACAGCCGAUAGUGUUAUUGAGAAGACUAGAACCGAGAUCACCAAGCGUUUCUCUACCAUGACCACUCAAGUCAUUACUACUUCUCAGACCAAGAAGACUGAACAAGUUACAGUUGUUGUCGAGAGUUACAGAAAAGAGCUUACAGUGAUUAUCGAGCAAGCUAGAACCGAAGGUGUUAAGCACUGCACGUCAACAAAGGAUCGCGAAGAAUACCUUGCCCAGCUGACUAUUAUUGAGCAGACAGCCUCUACCCAAACCGUAGAAGUUGAGCAUGUUGCCAUUCAAGCUAUUGAAAACGGCACUGAUGUCAAGAGCCAGCUCGAAACACUGGCCAAGUCUACUACCAAGAAAAUCAAUGAACACUUUGAUGAUCUUAAGAACCGUGUCAAGUUCACUUCUGUUGUUCAUGCCGAAGCCGUUGUACAGAAGACGAAGAAGGCUGCUUCAAUUGUCGAAGCCAAGCGUGUCGCUGCAACAGGCUGGUUCUCCAGACUCACUGAGACCAUUAACUCCCGUAUCCAAGAGGGUGGUGAAAAUGUUAAGGAGGACAUUGCCAAAAUCACUGAGAAGGCUGAGGAGGAGAUCAGCACCGUAUUGAAGGAGGAAGACGAGGAGGACGACGAGACCAUCAAGGGAUCCGUUGGAACUGCUCUUGUUUCCAUCAAGGAUUCAAUUGCUGCCCAGUUGACCCAAGUCAAGAACGUAAUUACCGAGACCACUGAUACUUCUGCUCUCCAAGAGAAGUUCACCGAGGUUUCCGAGAAGACCAAGCAGGAGAUUGAUACCACCUUUACUACUGUAUCCGAGAAAGUCAAGAGCGAUGUCAAGCAAACAGAGAAGGAGAAGGUUACAAUUCAGGUUGAAGAUGUCGAGGUUGUAGAUACAACCGUUGUUGAUACUACCGAGAAGGCCAACGAGACCGUUAAGAGCUGGUACAACAACCUCAAAACCAAGCUUUCUAAACUUGUCGACCGUGACAGUGAAGAGGCCAAGGUUGAGGCUGAUGUAAUUAUUGCUGAAGCCGAAGUCGAAUUGAAGGAGAAGAUCGAUGUACUGAAGAAGACUUCGAAGACCGAGUCCAACACCGAAACAACUGAACAGAUUGACUCUUACUUUGGUAAGCUAACAAACAGUGCCAAGAGCCAGUUGACUGCCGUCAAGACUGCCGUGUCCGAUAACGUGUUCCAGGACAAGACUACCUUUGAGGAAUCUAUGACUAAGAACGAGACAAAGUUGCAAGAUGAGAUUACUUCCCACACCGAAGUUGUCAAGAACGAGACAAAGAAGCACAGCCUUGGAAAGCAAGUUGGAAAGGUUGUUUUGAGCACUGCUGCAGUAGCCGCUGCUGCCGCCGUUGCUUACACUACUUACAAGGAUCACGAAGAUAAGAAAUGUGCUGAAGCUAUUAAGAUCCAGCAGAAGGUUCAAGUAAUCGAGAAGUCGACUGUCGAAGAAGUUCAGAAGACCGUUGAUACUUGGUACACCACAUUGACACAGAAGAUCAUUGUUCGCACAGAGCAAGGAGGAGAAAAUGUGUCUCAAGAUGUGACAGUGAUUGUCGAUGAGGCUCAGGCUGAUUUGGACAAGACAUUGGAAAAGAUCCAGCAUGGAUGUAUCGACAAGGCUGAGAACAGACAGUCGUUCUACAAGACAAUUCAAUGGAUCCGUACCACUACCGUCACCCAGACUACCCAGAUCAAGACUUUGGUGACCAAGAGCACCUCUACCACUAGCUCCGUAACUCUGAAGAAUCAGAUCGAGAACUACACUUUGAUUUCCAAGAAGCAGCUCGAGAAGGCCCUUGCUGUCCACGUUAGUACUGAGUCUACCCAGGUUACUAAGGGAUCUGAUGAGAAGACCGUUGUCGUUGUUCAAGAGACCCAGGAACAAAUUGUCGAGCGCACUCGUGUUGAAGUCCAGGUUGUUGUAGAAGAAACCAAGACUACCCUUACACGCUGGCUUGAUACUCUGCAUGAAGACAUUCGUGUCGUCACCCGCCGUGGUGGUCCCAAUGUCAGACAGGAAAUAACUGUUCUGAUCACCGAGGCUGAGAAAAAGAAGGCUGUCUUGAUUCAGGAGGCCAAGUUGAAGUUUGUAUCGAUCGAUCAAACUUCGGCCACUUCCCAGACUAGCACCGAAGUUACAACAUUGGUGACUACCGCCCACAAGCAGGCCCUUGAUUGCAUUGACAACGUCAACGCUACUGUGGAAUUCCAGAUUACUCUUGUGAAUGAAGCAAUUAGUCGUGUCGAUGUUGAGGAGUACCAGGUCGUUGAAGAACGAUUGACGACAAUUAUCACUCGUACCAAGGAACGCGUCUUCCACAUUCUUGAUAACGCUACCCACACUGCCAUCAGUGCAGCCUUUGAAGGCAAGACCACCACUUGGGUCGAGACAACAGAACUUCCUAGAUCAUUCGAUAAUGUCCGCGCUUUCGCUUUCGAUGUUGUUGAUACCGUUGUUGAUUACCGCAAGUCGCUCUCUAUUACAUGGCAAAAGAUCGUUUUGUCCAAGAAAGAGUCCAAGCUGUCCCAAUUUGAUUUUAGCUCGUUUGUAGCUCGUUGGUACAUCUUGUUCCAUCAGCACAAGCUUGAUCAUGUCCACGCCACCGACGAUGAAGCCAUUCGUGCCGUUCUUGUCAACGAGUUCAAGACCGCAGACAUUGAAGAUUUGGUGUCCGAGUCCGAAAUUGACCAGCUUAUUGUCACCUGGCACAACCUGGUUUUGUUUGGCGAGUCUACUUCGGCCAUUCAUCGCAUCAAGAAGCAGCAGAAUGUCCGCUACAAGACUGUUGCCAUCUCAGAUACCCUUUCCACCUCGUCCAUGGUCGAUCUUGCCAUGAGCGGUUGCAUGUGCUGGCACGCCCAGUUCUCUUCCGAAAUGUUUGGCCAGUUCUCCAAGUCCAGCACUGAUGGCUUGGUGUCUGGUACAUCCCGAUUCCUUGGACUCCAGAGCCCUCAGCAACUCGCUGUUGUAUCUGCCAAUCCUCGUGUACUCGAUGCUGCCAAGAAGGCCGGUUCUUUGACUGUCUUUGUCCAACGUGAUGAGUCCGUUACCACCACCGCUAAAUAUGAUCUUGAAAUUGACGGUUUGGAUGUCCUGGCUGAAAGUGUUCAGACAUUCUUGGAACAUAAACAAGUUACAAUUGCUAACGAGGAAAACAAGCCUGCUCGCGGUUGGUUCCAGAGAGUUAUCUCUAAGACUGCUGAUGCCUUUGAUGGAAUUGUUGGUUAAACAACCUUAUUUUUCAAUGAAUCCCAAGUAGUUUAGGUUUAUAUGUUUAUCUUAGCUUAGUUUAUAUCAAAUAUAUUAUGAAUAACUGAUUAUAUAUAUCUAUGUAUGAAUACAUAUUUUGCUUUGCAAUGAAACACAAUAAAUUUUAAAUGAAACACAAA